UUUGAUAACAUUACAACUAUUUGUUGCUACAAUAAAAUAAGAUGAGUUCAACUCAAUCCAAACCUUCAUCCGUCAAUGCCCGUGGCAUGGCUCUGCCGUCCGAGCCUCACCGCCGUCGCCGCCACAACCACAACCACAUCUCCACCUUCCUCCAAUCCACCGCCUCCAACUUCGCCUCUCUCUUCAACCCCCCAAACCCUCCCUCCCUGACUCUCCCGCACCCGCCCACCUCCGUCUCCCUCCCUCUCUUCUUCGCGCCUCCGCUCUCCGGUUCCUCCACCGUGGACUCAGCCACUUCCAAGCCCGCCCAUCCCCCAGCAAAGUCAGUCCGCAUCGCGCGGCUUGGUGCCAAUGGAAAAGGCGGCGGCGGGCCAGUCUUCUUGGGGGAGGUGUUCAGCUUGUGCGACCUCUCCGGAACGGGGCUCAUUGCCGCUUCCAAGCACUUCGGCAUUCCCUUCAUUUCGGAAAGAACCCCUGAGUGGCUGAAAAAAAUAUUUGCACCGAUCACCAAGAGUGAGAGGAAUGGUCCUGUAUUUCGCUUUUUUAUUGAUCUAGAAGAUGCAGUUUCAUAUGUUGAAAAGCUGAAUAUUCCAAGUUGCGUGGUGGGUGCCUUUCGUCUUGAUCUAGCAUAUAAACAAUUCAAGGAAAAACCUCACUUGUUCCAGUUUGUUCCAAAUGAGAAGCAGGUCAAGGCAGCCAAUAAACUGCUGAAGACAAUAUCAGAGCAUGGUGACAAGAAAAAGGUUGAUGGGGUGCCUGUGUUUGGUGCCCAGAACUUAGAUAUUGCAAUAGCAACUACAGAUGGUAUUAAAUGGUACACUCCCUACUUCUUUGAUAAAAACAUGCUUGAUAAUAUUCUUGAAGAUGCUGUUGAUCAACAUUUCCAUAACUUAAUCCAAACUCGACACAUGCAGCGGCGGCGGGAUGUGGUUGAUGACAACUUAGCUGCAGAAGUGAUUGAGGAAAUGAGCGAUAGGUUAGGGGAGCCUCCAGAGGUUCAGGAAUUGCUAGACGAAAUGGGCCACCCUAGUAUACCAUUAAGUGUUAUUUCAAAAGCUGCAGGGCUUCAGUUUCAGUAUACUGUCGACAAAGUAUUACUGGGUAAUAGGUGGUUGCGGAAAGCAACAGGCAUACAACCAAAAUUUCCAUAUAUGGUUGACUCAUUUGAGAGAAGAAGUGAAGCUUCUCUUCUGAGAGCUACAGAGUCAAGCAGCUGCCUUGAGAACUCUAAAGUGGAAGAUGAUAGGCAAAUUUCUGAAUGCUUAGACUCUUCUAAUUGCAGUUUGGAUGGUAAUACUGAAGCAAUCAAACAACCUAGUCCAAGCUUAAGUCUACCAUUUGGUAAUUGGUUUCAUCACCUAUGGCCGAAACAGUGUCGUGAAAAAGCAAGCUCAUCUAGAAAAGGUGUAAAUAAGGAAGAAAUGAAACCAAGACCCAUUCUUCCAAAAGUUACAAUGGUUGGUCUCUCUACAGAAGAAGCAGGCCAAACGAGCAAAGCUAAUUUAAAGAAGACAAUGGACGAUUUGACAAGAGAGUUGGAGAAGACAGAACUAGAUAUUAUGACAGAUGGUGGCAGUAAAGAGUGCAAAGUAGAAGAUAGGGAUCCACUAUUUGUGGCAAAUGGGGGAAAUUACUAUUCUAGUAUGAGGAGAAAACCAGGAUCUGGUCGCUAGUUUAGAGUAGGAUCCAACUAAAACCUUUUUGUCACAGAAUUUUUCAUUUGCAGGUUGUUGCGGAUAUUUAUUGAUCUCCGAAUAAGGUUCAGAAUAUCGGGUUAUCUAUUAACACUCAUGUUAUUUAGUGUUGGAGCUGGAAAUAACCUCAUUUGCGGUGUAUACCGAAAGUGGAUGAAUAAAGCUUUAGAUUAUUAUUUACGAUCAAUGUUGUAAAUGAUUAUAUAUGUAAUUCAUCACUGAUGCCCGUUUUGAUUUUGCUUUGGGAAGUUUAAUAAAACUGUGAUACAUAAUGCUUAGUAACUA